GGGGAGGUUCUCGCAUUGGGCAGUAUUCCUGGCCAGGGUAGGCGGACUGUCGAAGUGGCCUUGCAUCCGUGUCGGCUGCGUCUGAGCCCACUUGUUGAAGAGUCACCAUGCUUCGUACCGUUCUUACCAGAACAUUCCCCCGGAUUGCCGGUAUUCAGACGUGUCAGUACUCCGCCGCUGCGAUCCCUGCUCCAAACACUCAGCCAGACGUGCACUUCAACAAGCUGUUCAUCAACAAUGAGUGGCACGACGCUGUCAGCAAGAAGACCUUCCCCACCAUCAACCCGUCCACUGGGGAGGUCAUCUGCCAGGUUGCCGAGGGCGACAAGGCGGAUGUGGACAAGGCGGUGAAAGCUGCCAGAGACGCUUUCAGGCUGGGGUCACCAUGGCGACGGAUGGAUGCCUCCGACCGUGGUCUGCUGCUGAACCGGCUGGCUGAUCGCAUCGAGAGGGAUGCUGUGUACCUGGCCGAACUGGAGACCCUGGACAAUGGGAAGCCCUAUGCAAUAUCUUACAGUGUGGACGUGCCCAUGGUGGUCAAGUGCCUGAGGUACUACGCUGGAUGGGCAGACAAGUGGGAGGGGAAGACCAUUCCUAUUGACGGGGACUUCUUCUGCUACACACGGCACGAGCCCAUCGGGGUGUGCGGUCAGAUCAUACCGUGGAACUUCCCUCUGCUGAUGCAGGCUUGGAAGCUGGGCCCUGCAUUGGCCACAGGGAACACCGUGGUGAUGAAGGUGGCCGAACAGACACCCCUCACUGCUCUGUAUGUGGCCAACCUCAUUAAAGAGGUCGGCUUCCCACCAGGGGUUGUCAAUAUCAUCCCCGGGAUGGGUCCCUCUGCAGGGGCGGCCAUUGCUUCCCACAUGGACGUGGACAAGGUGGCCUUCACAGGCUCCACUGAGGUGGGCCAUCUCAUCCAGCAGGCAUCCGGCAGCAGCAACCUGAAGAAGGUUACCCUGGAGCUGGGGGGGAAGAGCCCCAACAUCAUCAUGUCGGAUGCCAACAUGGAGGAGGCAGUGGAACAGUCCCACUUUGCCCUGUUCUUCAACCAGGGCCAGUGCUGCUGCGCGGGUUCCCGCACCUACGUGCAGGAGAGCAUCUACAAUGAGUUUGUGGAGCGCAGCGUGGAGCGGGCCAAGAGGAGGGUGGUCGGUGACCCUUUCAAGCUUUCAACAGAGCAGGGGCCACAGGUGGAUGAGGAGCAGUUCCAGAAGAUCCUGGGGUACAUCAGCUCAGGAAAGCGCGAGGGUGCCAAGCUGAUGUGUGGAGGAGGGGUGGCAGCCGACCGCGGCUACUUCAUCCAGCCCACCAUCUUCGGGGACGUCCAGGACAACAUGACCAUCGCCCGCGAGGAGAUCUUUGGGCCGGUAAUGCAGAUACUAAAGUUCAAGACCCUGGAGGAAGUGGUAGAGAGAGCCAAUGACACCAAGUAUGGGCUUGCAGCUGCCGUCUUCACCAAGGACAUCGACAAGGCAAACUACAUCUCCAACGGCCUGCGUGCUGGCACAGUGUGGAUCAACUGCUAUGAUGUGUUUGGAGCUCAGGCUCCUUUCGGUGGCUACAAGGCCUCAGGGAAUGGACGAGAGCUGGGAGAGUAUGGUCUGGACAAUUACACAGAAGUCAAAACGGUGACAAUUAAGGUUCCCCAGAAAAAUUCGUAAAAAGAAAACCCUGCACUUGUGUAAAAAUGUGAACACAGCACUUAAUAGAUGAUAAAGCUACAAAACUGAUGUAUAAUGUUCCUGAAUGUUAUCUUUAUUUCAUACCCUCUACUGAUGAUUUGGCAUUUUGCCCGCUUUUCUGCAAAAGGCUGCUUUAAAAAGUACCAUCGGACAAGCGAAAUAUAGCUGUAAUUUGUAAUGCUGCUUAUUUCAGACUGUUGUGGGUUGAACAGUACUCAAGGAAUUUAUCUGAACAGAACAGAAGAGUACACUGUUAGAAUAACUUCCAUAACUGCUUAAGAAGAUUUAUUAAAUAUGGAUUUUGACUUGCAGUCUUGAUCCACUGUGUGUAUCUAUAAGCACAAUUUGGCGAGGCACUUGAAUGAGUUUAGUACUGAAAUGUUUUUGGAAAUAGUAGUUUUGAUGCAGUUAAGUGAUUUUUUUUUUUUUUACACCACCUUUUGAUAUACAGUGAAUCAUAUCUACAAGUCCAGUUAUUUUUGUAUUCCAUCAUAUCUGAAUUUUACUCACU